CCGCCCGGCACAGCCUGCAGCUUGCGGCUGCGGCCCGCGCCACCGUCCACCGAGCUGCGGAUUACACAACCCAAGUCAAAAAGCCACCACCUGCUCGCUGGACGGGACCCUGCCACGCCUCGUCCCCGUCCCCGGCCAUGCCUCUCCUCUUCCUCCCCGGCGCCGCCGCCCUCGCCGCCGUGUCCCUGCUUCCGCCUCGCUGCCGCCUCUGCCUCACCCUCACCCGCGCGGCCGCCACGAGCACAACCGCCACCCCGACCCCAGCUCCCGCGAGCACCUUCGCCGUCGAGGACUACCUCGUCGCCAGCUGCAACCUCACCCCGCCGCAGGCGCUCAAGGCGUCCAAGAGCCUCGCGCACCUCAAGACUGCCUCCAACGCGGACGCCGUGCUCGCCUUCCUCGCGGGCCUCGGGCUCUCCCCAAAGGAGGUCGCCGCCGUCGUGGCCUCCAACCCGCGCGUCCUCUGCGCGCGCAUCGACCGGUCCCUGGCGCCCAUCUCCGCGGAGCUCCGCGCGCUGGGGCUCUCCCCGUCCCAGAUCGCGCGCCUCGCGCAGAUCACCGGCCGGUACUUCCUCUGCCGCAGCUUCGUCUCCAAGGUGCGGUUCUGGCUCCCGAUCUUCGGCUCCCCGGAGCGGCUGCUCCAGGCCAGCGACUGGAACUACUGGCUCCUCACCUCCGACCUCGAGAAGGUGGUCGAGCCCAACGUCGCGUACCUCAAACAGUGCGGGCUCAGCGCUGCCGACAUCGCCAAGCUGCUCGUUGCCGCGCCACGGCUCGUCACCAUGCACCCGGAGUACGUUCAGGACGCCGUGCGACGCGCCACGCAGCUCGGCGUGGCGCCCGGCUCCCAGAUGUUCCGCCACGCACUCUCUACCGCGGGAUGCAUCGGCCAGGAGAAGGUCGAUGCCAAGGUCGCCGUCCUGAAAGAAACGCUCGGCUGGUCGCAGGAGGAGGUGAACCUGGCCGUCAGCAAGGCACCGCGGAUCCUGGUCGCGUCCGAGGAGAGGCUGCGCCGGAACGCUGAGUUCCUGCUCAACGAGGUCGGGCUGCCGCCGCAGUACAUCGCGCGCCGGUCGGUGCUCCUCAUGUACAGCCUCGAGAGGCGGGUAGUGCCCCGGCACCUUGUGCUGAAGGCUCUCAAGGAGAAGGGGCUGGUUGAACAAGAUCGGUGCUUCUUCAACGUGGUCGCGCCGACCGAAGAUAAGUUCUUGGAGAAAUUCGUUGCUCCCUACGAGGAAUCCAUCCCCGGCCUUGCAGAUGCUUAUGAGUCUGCCUGUGCGGGGAAGGUGCCAGAGGCAUUUCAACAUUGACUGCAAUGGAAGGAGAAUUUGGAGGAAUAUCUUUGGUCACAGUGCUUGGUUCAACUUGGAAAUACAAAUUAACUAUGAAGGAAGGUCUGCAUUUGUUUCAUUGUCAUUGGGCUACGGGAGUACAAAAUUAGUGUUUUCCUUGAAGAAGUGAACCAUCUCAGCCAAGCUAUAUAUGCACAAUGCUGAGGUGUUACCUAGGCAUCCGUUGACAAAAAUUUCAUCAGAACACAAGCAAUACAACGACGUUUGGAUUUUGGAUGGAAGGAAUGCUCCUCUUGUAGAAUUCUUCGUGGCUGGAGAGGCGACUUCAGUUGGACAGGCUAAUAGACUUUGAUUCUGUUGUAUGUAAUAUGUAACCCCAGGCUUGAUUUGAGAAAAAUUCCUUUUUGAGAGUUUUCUCAUGGAGAUGAUUCUGUAAAGAGAGGUAGAAGCUGUGCAGGGUAGCUGCCGGAGGGAUUUGAACAUUGACUAGAACCACAGGGAGAGUUUGGACUUUGGAGGUGUGUUUGUGUGUCUCCAGUCUCCACCAAUUGGCAACCUCGUCGUUCUACUUGUGGAGUUGUCUCAA